ACAUCUUACCGACGAGGAUAAGAUCGCCUAUCUCCGCGAAUGCCUAAAGCGAGGAAUGAAAUUCGACAUGGCCAACUGCCAUACUAAAAACUUCAACGACUUCGUCGACGCGUGCCGUAUAACGGAAGAGAAUACCACCGAUGCUCGCAACUACGGAGGACGCCAACGCGUCUCUGACUCACCACGCGGUGGGAGCAGAGGUCGUAAAAGCUACAGCAAUGGCCAUAGCAACGGCAACAGCAACGGAAAUGGCUACAAGAACGGCCACCACAAGAGGUCCAGCAGCGGCAGCAGCCACAGCAAUGGCUACAGCAACGGCCAUAGCAGCAGCCAUAGCAACGGCCAUAUCUACGGCAACAGUAACUUGUACUGGCCUUACGGCCGGACUAAAUUCCAACGAGAGGAAUUAAAGGCUGAACGCAGAUGUUUCGUUUGCCUUAAGCCAGGUCAUAUGGCUAACGCAGACGACGCUCCGUGCAAGGGACAGAAACCUACUAAGAUGACCGAGAACGUCCUCGCGUACGACACGGGGCAGAAGGCUCCUCACCCGAAGCCCCGAGUGGACGACUACCCCGAGUCAUCCGAUUCGGAAAACUGAAACCCUCCGGCGAUAGUCGCGCCAGACAUCCACCCGGCCUUUAGAGGUCUUCCCGGUGGCGUGCACGGUCCCACCUCAUGCACGAUUUGAUAUCAGCACACUCGAAC